GCUAACAAUUCCGUAUGAUAUGCCCGCAGCCCCCAGAGGGUACACCCAUCUCUCUCCAGCCCCGACCCUUCUUUGCCCUGUUCAAACCCGCUCGCUCCGGCUCAUCCAAGGCGCAGCUGGGACAUGUUCGCGCUAUCAACGGCACCAACGCAUUGAGUCCGAAUCCCGGGCAUGAGCGCCUGACAAGCUAUGAACCAUGAUGAUGCCGCUGCCGGCUCGAGCUCUCAGGGCACCGGGCCAUCCGGCCUGGUCACCGACCGAGACCCUGCCCAGGACUCGGACCCGCCCUUGCCGUCGCCGCCAGAGUCGGCCGCCCAGAGGCGAAAGGCCGGCAUGUAUCGCAAGUUCCUAUUCAUGACCCAUCUCAUGACGAACCUGGAUGCUCUCGUCUACGCCGAGAUCUGCGCCCUCUACUAUAUGGACUGCUCAUUCUUCCGCCUGCUCAUGCGCGUGCUUGUCCAGUCCUUCUUCCUGAGCCCAAAGUCGGACGAGUUCGUGUUGCUGAUGCCGACACACCGGCCCCACGUUGUGGCCGUCUUGGCUCCAAACCUCCUGUGCAUGCUGCUGCACCUCCUGACCUCGCUGCCUACCGCCGGCGAGUCCACCCGCGGCUACCUGCACGGCGGUGUCAUUAUCGACUUCGUCGGCGAGAAGGCUCCGACCUCCAAGUUCAAGCUUUUACUACUCGACAUGUUGGUACUGGCCCUGCAGUGUACCAUGCUGGCCGUUCAUGCCGAAAGGGAGCGCUUGCGCAAGGUCGUCAAGCCAGCCGGGCGAGUCCUCGGGACCACUGCGCAGAAUGGCGAAGACUCCGAGGCGGCUGCCACCAGCCCAACCACGCCUGUGGCGGCUGACAAUGACACCACGGAGAGGGCAUUCUCGAGGACUGCGCCUCGAGCAUCCAGGGCAGGAGAUGGCAUAGAACUUCAGCCCCUGCCGCCACGCAGGGACGCGCAGCCUGCCCAAGUCUCGGCACAUCGCCGGCGGCCCCCAGACCUCCGCGAGUACAUGCUCUCUGGGAAUGCCGUACUCGGUGAUUUCCACGUGCUGCAUGCCCUCCGCACAGCCAGCAAUGACUACCAGAGCGCCACUGCCCAGUCGCUACAGAGCAUCGGAUAUGCUACGACUCUGGCUCGCCUAGUCGCGGAGCCAAGGUCGAGACUGAUAAGGCUCCGUGCACAACGAAGAGAACAGCAACAGCAACAACAGCAGCAAGGAGGCGGCAUGGUGUAGCGGCACACGUCAUCUUUCUGCCCCCCAUUCGGUUUCUCGUAUUGGGCUUCGGGUUGCCCAUAUACCCUUUUUUUUCUUGUAAUAAUUAUUUUUCUUGUAUCGUUCCAGUUGGCUCAAGCUAUCUUGCGUCCCACAUUGCCGACGCCAGCCCCCUUUACUGUCACCAUCAUGUCGUCUGUGUCGUCUUCGCCAACCGGUCGAAAGCCCCAACUGCUGGCACCAAACUUCCUCAGGUCCCUUGCCAGGCCGAUUGUUUCUGCGUCCAUAACGUCGCUGCCGAUCCUGAGGCGACCGACGUCCUCAGACCCCAUAGCCAUGAGAGUGAGCACUGUCCGCGCCGCUGCCCAGCUGACACAGCCUCCCUUUGCGAUUGCCUCGAGAAGCUGGUGUGCGCACUGAACGCCGAGGUCUUCUGGCAGCGCGCCACCGCGUGCUGGCGACACCACGUCGGCCGAGUAGACGAUUCCGGGGACGCUGGACUCGGCCACGAGACUCAGACCGAAACCGAUGCCGAUUUUGUUCCUAGCAUCGUCCUUUCCUGGGGAUGCCUCUCCAAUCUUGAUCUCUCCCGUCAACGCGUUGAGGACAGACCGGGCCGCAUGUAUCAUCCUCUUGUUGUUAGAAGCCGAGACGCCAGUGGAGUAGGCAACGCCGCCGAUGCGUUUUAUCCUGCCGGGGCUUCGGUUCAUAUGCAGCGUCUUCGGUAGCCGAACUUGGCUGGCAAAGCGCAUCUCCACGACGCCGCCGCCACGCCGCUCGCCAAAGCCGGCGCACGACCGUUGCCUGACCAGCAGGCCGAUCCGUGCUGGCGGAAUGCCGAAGAGGCCGUAUAGAGGCAGAAUCGCCAGGCGGAACGAGUCUACCGACAUGUCGCCCAGCUCCGUAGCAGCUGUUAUGACGCCUGGGCCGGAGAAGCGCACGUUCAUGUGUGCCUUUGAGAAGGGUGCCAGCAGGGCGAGCGGGAUGAGGAAAUAGGAGAUGCCGCGGCGAUUCGUCUCGGACAGAGUGUACUCGAUUACGUCGCCAUGGGCCGAGGCGCCGCCGCCGGGGACGCUGCCAGUGAUGAGGCCCGGGUGGUAGGUCAUGGUGGUUCCGGUGUAGGAGAUCUGGAUGGAGCUACCGUUGGUGACGGCCUCAAGCAGGCGCAGGAAGGAGAUCUCGUGGGGCGCCAGGCCGGGCGCGGUCGGUGACGAGCUGCGGAUUCCCGAGAUGUGGACCGGCUUUCCCGUAAGGGUUGACAGAACGAGUCGUUGCGUGAGAUUUCGGUGGCCCGUGAACCGGACGUAGCCGGGGGCGGAAGAUGUGGUCGCCAUCGUGAGAGACGUAGAAAGCCACCCGAGCUGGGCUCCCCAAGUUCCCUGAUCUCUUUCCCUCACACGCUCUCGUAUCACCGCGCCCGCACGCCGCCUUGCAGCAGGCAACAGAUAAUUCCCUGUUAUCGGUCCCUGGUUGGGUCUGAAGAACACGGGCACACGUUCAAGUGGCUUAUUUACGCUGAAAUGUUCGGUCGUGGCGGCCAAGACAGGCAAUUGAGCGAUCCUGGACCUGUCGUCGGCUCCGUUGCGCGAGGCUUGAACUUUUCGCGACCCCACCCAAGACUUUUUUAUGGGUCAAAUGGUUAAUUUCCUUAUCCGCAGGAACAGAUAAGGAGUAUGACCCACUUAUAGAUGGAAGCUCCCGCUGUGCAGGAAGCUGUGGUGGGAUGUGGAAGACG